UGGGAGAGAGUAGAAAGAAAGAAAGAGAUAUCCUGACUGUAUUUGACCAGAAUGACCUAGACUUGAGUUGUCAAGUGACAGGUGUCAUUCUCUAAGUCAGCUUAUUAAAACCACAGAUCUCUCUAACUGUAUAUCAUUCAAGAACGUAUACAGAAGCUGUUUGCAUAUCUUCAGCAAAAGGCUGUUUCCAGUAUUUUUUUAACAUCAUGGAGCUCAGUGAUCAGGAAUGGCAAAAGGUCAUAGAUAUUUGGGGGAAAGUAGAACCAGAAAUCCCUGCUUAUGGGCAGGUGGUCAUCCUCAGGUUGUUUGAGCAACAUCCUGAGACCCAAGAGAAGUUUGACAAAUUCAAAAACCUGAAGUCACUGGAUGAGAUGAAGAACUCAGAAGAUCUCAAGAAGCAUGGAACAAUUGUCCUCACAGCUCUGGGCAAGAUCCUGAAGCAGAAAAGGCAGCACGAGGCAGAACUCGCACCGCUGGCCCAGAGCCAUGCCACCAAGCAUAAAAUUCCAGUCAAAUACCUGGAGUUCAUUUCUGAAGUAAUUGUUGGUGUCAUUGCUGAGAAACGUUCUGCAGACUUUGGGGCUGAGUCCCAAGCAGCAAUGAGGAAGGCCUUGGAACUCUUCAGGAAUGACAUGGACAGAAAAUACAAGGAGCUUGGCUUCCAGGGCGAGUGAGAUCCUCCGAGAGAGAUGGUGGCAGCAUGUUAUAGAACAAUAUUCCCACUUCAUCACAGAAACAUAUGACACUGCAUUGAAACAUUUGCACUGAACAGAGCUCAAGAUACACGUGAAGGUGGUAGGCAAUGGUGAUUAGUGCUUCUAUGUCAAUUAAGUGAGGAAUCCAUUUUGAGUUUAGUCCAAAUUAUAAAGAGGCUAUCCUAUUCCCCAAACUGCUUUAACAUCUUAGAUAGCUCCUUUAAAGUUCAGAAUUAAAUCCAGGCAGAUUCACCAUGCCAUUCAUAAUCACCAUUUAAAAAAACAAAUAGUUGUGUCUCUUUAAAAUAAUGCCCCAUUCACAUGUCAAGCUGUAGGGCAAGGGUACAAUUUUAAAGGUGUUAGGAGCACAUGCUGAAACACUUUUUGCUUGUCAGUCUUACUUCAGUGAUUAGUUCUCCAGAGUACUUAUCCACCAACUGGACUCCGAAGUUGACAGAAAUGAGAAAAACUCAAUGAAUGUAUGUGUGUCUGCAUGUGAUAAUUCAGCUAUUCUUGCUCAUAUUCCUUUCCAGUUUUCCCAAUUGGGUACUUUUAAAAACAUUAUACUCUCAUUCCAUCAUCCCCAAUUAUCAGCUGGAUUGACUGGUGUUAAUGACAGACAAGAGUCCAAACAUCUAAAUGGUACCAGGUCUGCAGAAACUUGCUGGAUGUCAACUUGCUGGGUAUAUAUAAAUUGAUCUGCAAUACAUAUUUUCAUUAUCACAUAUAAUGUGUUCUUCAACUAUGGUUGUAAUUGAGCUUUAGCAUUGUAUCUUUGGACUCAACAGAAUACCAGUUAAAUACAUAUGAUAGAGAUAGCUGCCUUUAUUCACUAAAUGUCAUGUACACUACAGAAAUAUCAUAUAAUGAAACUGGAAUAGAACACAAGAAGUAAACAUUGUAAACUGAUGGAAGGUAGAAAGGCUUGGUUCUGCUCUAGAUAUCUUUUACUACUAUCUACUGUAAUAACUUUUGGAUAACAGGACACAUAGGUUUCUCACCUACCCAGUAACUGCCAAUAUCCCUGUUCAGUUUUCCUUGCCUGCUCCAGUAAAUAGAAUUUUAGUUUUUUUCUGGCAAUAGGAUGUGAAUAAGCUGCCAAAGAAACAGGUUACAUUACUAGAUCCACAUGUGGCAAAGCCUAGGGAUAAUUCCUAGUUAAAAUGGUUGAAAUGGCCAAUGGCAAGUAUAAACCUAUUGGCUAAAAAACAGAGAAGUGGCUAGAAAAAUAAUGGGGUGGCUCAAUAUUUUGGUGUCCAUCUGCAGGUCCUUUCAAAAACAAUUCUUAUUUGAAACAACAGAUCCAUUUAAAUUUGAUCUGAUACAGACAACUAGAUACUUCCAGGUAUCCAAGUCAAGAGAUCUGUAUAAUUCUUGCAUGACAGUAAUAGUGUGAAAUGAUCCAUAUAAGACUUACCUGCAAGGUCUUAAUUCUGCAAGUGGUGUCCAAAUCCUUGCCAGCCUUAGCAUUCAGAUGUGUUCUGAUGUCAUCAUAUCAUAUGAUGUCAUAGUGCUGUGUAAAGAUGUUCAGGCUUUGGGUAUUAAAGCACGACUAUAUUUCUGUUCCUCUAUUAUGCUGCACCACACCCCAGAAUGGUGGUGAAAGGUUUGAGAUUGAGGUUGAAAGAGCUCCUCUCCGACUUAUCUUAUUAGAAAUUAAGCAUUACUCAACACUGAGAACUAAUUCUGUUGCCUAGCUAAUGAUUAAACUGCAUAAGCCUGUGUACAAAUGAAAGCGAUAAUUCUGAGCAAAACACAUACUCUUUGGACUAUUUGGCAAUGUUAGUCGGUGCGUUUUGUGAGCUGUGUAUGUCAUAGCAAGAUAGACUCUUAAAAGUAGCAUUUUAUGCUAUAAGAGAGAUAAGACACCAUGCUUUUUGAAAGCUAAAGCAGGUAUUUUGGCAAGCAGCUGUGUUAAAAAUAAAACAAAAAGAUUUUAAAGAAUUGGACUAGUUAAUUGCAUAUUUUAAUCACUAAAAAAGUCCCAAUAAAGUAAUAAAGCUGAACAAUCAGUUAAAAUUUGCAACCAGGCAUUCUGAAGAUACACAGGAACUCAUAUAUGUAGCAGUCUUUAGAAAGAUUCAUACAGAAGCCCUGUUGAGUUCAAUGGACUCCCUAGUAAAUUACACUAGGUUGCAGACCUAAAACCACUUAGCUCCAAAUGAACUCAUCUAGACUCCUCAGUAGACAUGUAUGAGAUUGCGCUGUUAAUCUCCAAGGUCUUCUAUCAUGACCUUCCUAAUGAACUCAAUUUAGAAGUACCCCCUUCCUUAAUCUCUCAGAACUGCUUCACAAUUUAAUAUGUAUUGCACUCAAAGGUGAGCUGUGUGUGUUUUGAUUUAAUAAAUCUAUUUCCUCAA